AGUUAUAAGUGAAGAAACAAAACACACCAAACGAACCAUAUCAUUUGUAUAAGUGAGCGCGACGUUCGCAAAGUCUCCCAUUCCACAGUUAACGGUCAUUGAAAACACAUCUCGCCCAACACAGUGUCGAUUGCCGGUUAAUUUAUUCGUGGCUAAGUUUUAAAGUUUUAUGCCGUGUAUUAACGGGACGGGUUUGUUGCUUGCCAGUGGUCAUCAUUGUCGCCGUCGUCGUCUUCGACAAAUAAUUCGUUCAAAAUUACGCCAUUAUCGCCGCGAAGAAGUCUUUUUAAACGUAACAUAAUGGGUCUACGGUUCCAACAGCUCAAGAAGUUAUGGCUGCUGUAUCUCUUCCUGUUGUUUUUUGCAUUCUUUAUGUUUGCCUUCAGCAUCAACUUGUAUGUGACUAGUAUGCAGUCAGUUAACCAGGAACAGUUACAGCCGAAGCCACCGCCAAAAAGACGUUCUGUUUGGCCCAUAAAAAAUGUUGUGGCCCAUUAUAUAGGCAAAGGUGAUAUAUUUGGCAAUAUGACCGCUGAUGACUACAACAUCAAUCUCUUCAAUCCGGUAUCCGGUGAAGGUGCCGAAGGUCGUCCCGUAAUUAUACCAUCAAGGGAUCGUUUCCGCAUGCAACGUUUCUUCAGGCUAAACAGUUUUAAUGUUUUGGCCAGUGACCGAAUACCAUUGAAUCGGACACUUAAAGAUUACCGAACAAAAGAAUGUCGUGAUGAAAAAUAUAACCUUGAUGAUAUGCCCACAGCAUCCGUUAUUAUUGUAUUCCACAAUGAAGCCUGGUCCGUUCUGCUGAGAACAAUUACCAGUGUAAUAAAUCGUACUCCCCGAAGGAUACUUAAGGAAAUCAUUUUGGUUGAUGAUGCCAGUGAUAGAAGUUAUUUGAAGAAACAAUUGGAAAGCUAUGUCAAGGUCUUAUCUGUUCCUACACGCAUUUAUCGCAUGGCUGAACGAGGCGGUCUUGUGCCAGCUCGAUUGAUGGGUGCCAAACAUGCUCGUGGUGAUGUUCUGACAUUCCUCGAUGCCCAUUGUGAGUGUUCGAGAGGUUGGAUAGAACCUUUACUGCAUCGCAUUAGAGAAUCGCGUACCACGGUUAUAUGUCCCGUUAUCGAUAUUAUAUCCGACGACAAUUUCAGUUAUACGAAAACAUUUGAAAAUCAUUGGGGUGCCUUCAAUUGGCAAUUGAGUUUCCGUUGGUUUGCCAGUGAUCGUCCGUCGCUAAGAAAACAUCCCACAAAACCCAUAAUGACACCUGGUAUGGCCGGUGGUCUAUUUGCCAUUGAUCGCAAAUAUUUUUACGAGAUUGGAGCCUAUGACGAGGAAAUGAAGAUUUGGGGUGGUGAAAAUGUAGAAAUGUCCUUCCGCAUUUGGCAAUGUGGUGGCAGCAUUGAAAUAAGCCCUUGUUCUCAUGUUGGCCACGUAUUCCGCAGCAGUACGCCCUACACAUUCCCCGGAGGUAUGAGUGAAGUUCUUGGACAGAAUUUAGCACGUGCUGCUAUGGUCUGGAUGGAUGAGUGGCAGUAUUUUACUCUUUUGUAUACCGAUGGCCUAUCUAUGGCAACACGUGAAAAAGUCGAUGUCACCAAACGAUUAGCUUUGAGGGAAAAACUGCAAUGCAAACCGUUUUCAUGGUAUUUGAAUACAGUCUGGCCUGAUCAUUUCUUCCCAGCUCCGGAUCGUUUCUUUGGUAAAAUCAUUUGGUUAGAUGGAGAAACUGAAUGUGCACAAGCAUUUGCAAAUUAUAUGAAAAAUAUUCCUGGUCGUCGUAUAUCACGUGAAUGGCCACGUGUAUUUAAUGAGAUAGAAAGUAAUGCUGAAGAAUUUAUGUCACUCAUCGAUUUGGAUAGAGAUAAGUGUUUGAGGCCAGCCAAAGAAGAUGCACCACGUCAAUCGGCACAGCCGGUAACAGUCGGCGAUUGCAAUGCCCAUUCACAAACGAUGGAUAUUUUUGUUAUAACACCAACGGGCAAGAUUAUGACAAACAACAAUGUUUGUUUGACAUAUAGCGAACCGAAGCAGAGCACAAUAAAAAUGCUGAAAAAUCGCAAUGCUACAACAUCGAAUGUCCAGUUGGCAUUAUGCGCUAAUGAUUCUCGUCAAUUAUGGGAUUACGAUAUGGAUACCCAACAUAUCACUCACAGAGACAACAAAUUGUGUUUAACACUGAAAUCAGCUCAAUCAGCCAGAAAUCACAAAUCGGAAAAGGUUGUAUUGGCAAUUGAAUGUAGUUUUAAGGACAUAACCCAAAAAUGGGGUCUUAUACCACUGCCAUGGAAAAUGUAA